AUGUCGUUUAGCAACGGUUCCAAUACUCCCACCUUAAUGAACAAACCAGGGAAACCCGACAACGAGGAUGUCAUUUCCAGCCCAGAAAUACUUGAGAAGGCCCAGCCUGAAACAGAGAUACCCAAAUUCUCAUCCACUUUCCACGAGGCCAUCUUUAUUUUUAUCAUAGGCUUGUCGCAACUCUUCUCUGUUGGAGGUAUAGGCAAUGCCGCCUACUCCAUGGAACAGAUCGGCACAUCUCUCGGGACAACAAGCAUUGGCCAGAUGUCAUGGUUUUUAGCCUCUUAUUCCCUAUGUGGUGGUGUUUUCGUCCUAGUCACCGGUCGCUUGGGCGAUCACUUUGGACACAAGUACGUCUUCCUCUUCGGCUGGAUCUGGAUGGCUAUCUGGUCACUUGUUUGUGGUUUCGCCAACAACCUCAUCUUAUUUGAUAUUGCUCGAGGAAUGGUGGGAAUCGGGAACGGUGCACUGGUCCCCAAUUCUUUCGCGCUGCUUGCGCGUGCGUUUCCACCUAUGUCCACGAAGAAAAAUAUUGCUUUUGCUUUCCUGGGAUUCUGCGCCCCUUCAGGCUACAUCUUCGGUGGUCUGAUUGGAGCCGCUUUUGCCGAGAAAGUCACUUGGCGAUGGGGAUUUUGGUUCUGGGCAAUCGGUUGCUUGGUUAUGAGUUUGGCGACCUUCGUCAUUGUUCCCCAUCGAAUCGGCUCUCCGAUUCCAGGCCUGAGUCUUCGCCAGUUUGACUACAUCGGUAGCUUUCUCGGUGUAACAUCUCUGAUCCUCUUCUCCUUUGCUUGGAACCAGGCUUCGGUCGUUGGCUGGCAAGAGCCGUACACCUACGCUCUGCUCAUUGUCAGCCUCAUCCUACUUGUUGGAUUCGUUUUCUCUCAGUCGCGCGUCUCUGCCCCCGUCUUGCCAAAUUCACUCUGGACUCGCCCUGGUUUUGCGCCCGUGGUAGCUGCCAUGGCCUUUGGCUGGAUGUCUUUCGGGAUAUUUCUCUACUACACCACUGUCUAUAUCCUAACAAUACACAAAGCCCAGCCUCUUGAGGCUGUAGCUCAAAUGGUUCCACUUGUUAUUGGCGGAUUAUUCGCCACAAGUUUUGUUGGGCUUUUCAUCAUGAAGACGCCAGCUCAGUAUAUCUUUGGCGUUUCAAUGUUCUCUUUUCUCAUUGGAAACUUGAUAAUGAGCUUCGUGAACUACUCAGACACCUACUGGGCCUUUAUAUUCCCUGCUUGUCUACUGGUUGUAGGUGGACCCGAUUUGUCAUUUGCGUCUUCUGGGAUUAUCAUCUCCAAUGCGGUCCUACCCGAGGAGCAAGGUGUUGCUGGAUCAUUCAUCUCGACGGUUGUUCAAUACUCUAUUUCUAUUGGACUCGGAAUUGCUGCCACUCUUGAGUCUCAUGUCAAUGAGGGUGGUCAGAACCCUAUCCGCGGUAUCCGUGGCGCGUUCUGGCUAGGGAUAGGAUUAGCGGCCAUAGGGUUCCUCAUUGUCAUUCUGUUUGUGCGUGACCCAAGAUUCGAGUCUAAACAGGAGGAGAAGGUUACAGCCAACGCCGUUUCAGAGACCGCGACCCUCUGA